AUGGAUCAGGAAAGGUUGGGCAAGCGCUUGGACUUUCAACAGAGUGGCCUCAUCAUCCUCUGUAUUCUCCUGGUGGGUAAUUACGAUGCUAAGCUUGAUUCUUAUAAGCGGGCAGGUAACCUAUGUCUACGGUCACAGUCUAAGCAAUCUUGCAGGGUUUUGAUGACACGGAGGAAGACACAGAGAAGAUUUAAGCGGAAGCUUAUGCUUGGGUCAGUAACGAUGAUCCUAGAAUGGAGAUUCCUUCAUGUGGAUAAAUUCGUGGAGACUUUUAGGAACGUGUUGGGCUGGAACAUGAUAUCAAAUGGGAAGAGAAGACAAGAUGCGUAUUACUAUUGA